UCCGCCAGGGGGCGCUGCCGCCCCCCCCCCACCCCCGGCCAAGAUGGCGGCGGCCGCGCUGCGGGUCCUUCCCCGCGCCCUCCGUGUCCCCAGCGCCGCCCGGCAGCUCCACAGCAGCCCCGUGUGCCUCAAGGCGCGGGCGGCGCGGGUGCGCGCGGGCAAGGGUGACAAGAUGGUGACGUACGAGCAGGCACACGCCCCGCAGCACAUCGGGCACCGCAAGGGCUGGCUGUCCCUGCACACCGGUAACCUGUGUGGCGAGGCGGGCGCGGCGCCCCGUGCCCUCGAGGACGCGUUCCUGCGCCGCUUCCUGGCCGGGACGUUCCCGGGGCUGCUGGCGGACGAGGCGGUGCUGAAGCGGCGCGGGAACCUGCUGGUGAUCUGUGCCCUGCUGGCGCGGGCACUGCCGCCCCACAAGCUCUACUUCCUGCUGGGCUACGCCGAGACCCUGCUGGGCCACUUCUACAAGUGCCCCGUGCGCCUGGAGCUGCAGACCGUGCCCGCCCGCGUGCCCUACAAGUUCAUCUAGGGUGAACCUGUGUUCCUAAAAACCAUAAUGUUCCUAAAAACCAUCAGUGUUCCUAAAGCACUGCCUUGGGAUGUGCCCUACAAGUUCAUCUAGGGUGAACCUGUGUUCCUAAAAACCAUAAUGUUCUAAAAACCAUCAAUGUUCCUAAAGCACUGCCUUGGGAUGUGCCCUACAAGUUCAUCUAGGGUGAACCUGUGUUCCUAAAAAACAUAAAUGUUCCUAAAAACCAUCAGUGUUCCUAAAGGACUGCUCUGGGAUGUGCCCUACAAGUUCAUCUAGGGUGAACCUGUGUUCCUAAAAACCAUAAUGUUCCUAAAAAACAUAAAUGUUCCUAAAAACCAUCAGUGUUCCUAAAGGAGUGCUCUGGGAUGUGCCCUACAAGUUCAUCUAGGGUGAACCUGUGUUCCUAAAAACCAUAAUGUUCCUAAAAACCAUCAGUGUUCCUAAAGCACUGCCUUGGGAUGUGCCCUACAAGUUCAUCUAGGGUGAACCUGUGUUCCUAAAAACCAUAAUGUUCUAAAAACCAUCAAUGUUCCUAAAGCACUGCCUUGGGAUGUGCCCUACAAGUUCAUCUAGGGUGAACCUGUGUUCCUAAAAAACAUAAAUGUUCCUAAAAACCAUCAGUGUUCCUAAAGGACUGCUCUGGGAUGUGCCCUACAAGUUCAUCUAGGGUGAACCUGUGUUCCUAAAAACCAUAAUGUUCCUAAAAAACAUAAAUGUUCUUAAAGGAAUGCUCUGGGAUGUGCCCUACAAGUUCAUCUAGGGUGAACCUGUGUUCCUAAAAACCAUAAUGUUCCUAAAAAACAUAAAUGUUCCUAAAAACCAUCAGUGUUCCUAAAGGAACUCCUAAAGGAGUGCUCUGGGAUGUGCCCUACAAGUUCAUCGAGGGUGAACCUGCAGUCGGCCCCAAAAACCAUAAAUGUUCCUAAAAACCCAUAAAUGUUCCUAAAGGAGUGCUCUGGGAUGUGCCCUACAAGUUCAUCUGGGAAUAAGCCCAUAAAUGUUCCUAAAAAACCUAUAAAUGUUCCUAAAAACCAUCAAUGUUCCUAAAGGAGUGCUCUGGGAUGUGCCCCACAGGUUCAUCUAGGGAAUAAACCCAUAAAUGUUCCUAAAAACCAGUAA